AUUCAAGCAGUCAAGGUGCCACAGAUGUGCACCACCUUACACCGUGUACACCCAGGUGAGCCAUAUGAUGUGGAAGUUCUUGGCUUUUUUCACCCUACGAUUAGACGAGCAAAGGUGGCGAUCUUGCACGUUGCUUGCGAUGAUUGCUGGCGUCGCUUGAAACGAGGACAUUUGACGGAUCCAGAUGUUUUGGAAGGUUACAUCAAGUGCGAGGACACCGUUCUUCUUUCUAAAUGCGAAGAUGAUUCAGUACUGGCCCUAAAGCAAGAAGCCGUCAGGCACGUCAGGCAGUUCGUGACGCUUAGAAGUGCCCGCUUUCCGAUCGUAUCAAGGGAGCUUCAUUCUGAGCCCUCAGAAUUCUCACUCAUGAUUGGGGACGACAUUUGCACCUUCAGCGUCCCGGUCUUGCACAACGUUGAGGAAUUUCAAACAGCGCCCUUUGUGAAGGAGAUCGACUUUGACUGGGAAGACGGUCGCAAAUACUUAGACAUAGAACUGGACGAUACUGCCAUUUGUUUGGUAGGGGAUGACAUUGUGAUGAUGAGCAGCAAAUCGGUACACCAAUCAAACUCGUUGGGAUUCGAAGUCCUGGACGACUAUGAUGCCCCGGCUUUGCCUGCUGGCAUGGUGCCUAUGGGUCCUUUGUUGAGACUUUGGCCUGAAAAUGUGACCUUCUCUGAAGAAAUUCAUGUAGUCAUGCCCGUGUGUCGUGGUGCGAAGAAUGCUUGGUGCACCACUGACAAUGGCUGGAAGCAGGUGCCUGCUCAGAUAAGACAGGGCAUCAUGAUCACCUCUUUACACCACUUUUGUAGUAUGCAGCCUGCUGGCGAACCGGUGGCAAUAAAGGCCUUGGGUUACAUCAAGCAGCCAAGUGCAAAGAUAGUUUUGGCACACGUUGGCUGUGUCGAGUGUAUGUACACCCUGACAAAGUGUGAGAACGAUCUUGACAUGCUCAAGGACUUUACAAAAUGCAGCGAUCCAGAGCAGCUGGGCAAACGUAACGAUGGUGAUAAAGUGGAGCUCUCGCAGCCAGGAACUUUCCAAACGACGAUCCAGUUGAAAUUUCAGAAGUUUCCCGUUGUCUCUAAAAAGCUCUCAGCUCAGUCUGGGAGUUUCAAAGUUCAAGUUGAUGACGAACCUUACGAGUUUCAACUGGACAAAGAUGCGGACAACGCAGAGGUAGCUCGUCCCAGACAACAUGCAAUCCACCGCCCGCUUGAGGUCAGGCUUAAGUGGGAAGAGCCUGUUGUGAUUGAGGUGGAUCUUUCAGAGCUGCUGACGAAGAUGGACCCAAGGUUGUACAAGGACCUUGCCCAAGAAAGGGGAAAAUGGCAUCAAGUCUCCGAAGACCUCUUUUUUCACAUCUGGACAGAUGCCAAUAUUGCUAGACUUAGAGCACACGUUGCACAAAGGUCUUUGUGCUUGGAGCAUGUCGAGCAGGUCACAUCCUACUUGGUGCGAAGAAUCUGCGUUGCCUUGGGCCUGGCCUUCUCUUCUGACACGGCUAAGAACCUUACCAAGAUCGUCCGCUGCAAACAGGUCACAGAUUCGCGAUGGUAUGACAUCUUUCGACACCGUGUGUUCAGUACAAUCAAUUCCUGUGCCAAGCGUGGUGCUAGCCACAUUCUACUGGUGGGCGUACAGCCAAAGAUGCUGAACUCAAUCACUGGGGAAGAGCUCCGCCGUCUUGACGAAGAUCUGAAGCAUGCAUCUGAGAAGAAGAGCUUUGACUUCUAUCACUUGCUUAAAGGUAUGGAACGCCCCAUUGACAAACUCGAAGGGGAGCUGCAGCAGUGGCUGCGAGAAGAUACAAACCACCAGGUCGUGAUCGUAUCCUGCUGCGAGGACGAUCAAGAAGAAGCCCAACGUAUUUGCAAACGCCUCAAUGAGGGGCUGGAUGUAUUGGAAUACGUUGAUGCAUUGAGUCCAGAGGAAGUCAUGUUCAAUCUGAGCAUCACUGCCAUCAAGAAAGUCCUUACGCAACUUGGCCAGGAUGGAUUUACGAUGCCUGCGGAGAAGCUCGGCGAAGCCAUGAGGAUGCUUGGGAUGAGUGCGACAACGAUGAAGGUGUCCACGCCAUCGACCAAACCGAUUGGCAUCCUUACCCUGCACGAUCUUUUGCUCGAAGACCUGAAGAAUUCGGCUGCAGAUCCUUACAAUGUGCUCAUGAAGUUCUUGAGGCUUUUGGAUGGAGAUUGCAAGGACACCAUGUCUGUUGCGGAGCUGAAGCGUUUCCUCGGAGUUGGAGGUAUGCGAUCGGAGAAUGAGCUUGAGGCCACUGUUUCAGCAAAGAGAUUUCGGCAGGCUGAGAUCCCACUUUCAAAGCUCAGAGAAGCGUUAUUUGAUCCAGAAAGCCAACAAAAGCUGCUGAACGAUCAACAAACGACCAGUCGAAUUUCUUGGGCAGUGGCUGACCGGAAUGCCUUCCAAGUCUUUGAUGGGCCUUGGAGUGCCAUAAAUUCUGGAACAAAGGUGGCGGCCAAUUCUGGAGCACAGUCCUCUGCAGGAGAGGAUCACAAAGAUUCCGUGGCUGUUGGAAGAGAGACUGGCAGAAUCUCAGUGCCAAUACCCGUGGCUCCUGCAAAUGGCAAGCACUUGUUCCUUUCUGGUCGAUUCAAUGAUCCAAAGAGCAAGAGCUACAUGAGAGCAGUCAGAGACGAACUUGAACAGUUGGGAGUCCAAACUUACAUGGUGGAAGGACAAGGAGCUGGUGGCGACUUUGCCCCAGCUACCAUUAGAGGCCUCUACCAUGCCAUCGCCAUGGUGGCAUUUUGCACCCGUGACUAUGGCCAGAAGACCAACGUGGGCUACGAGACCUGGAGAGAGUUGAAAACUGCACACGAAAGGGACAUUCCCAUCAUUCCAGUUCAACUGUGCGAUACCUAUCCGCCAGAACCACCAGACGAGGAGGGUCGACAGCAAAAUUGGUUCGUUCUUGGUCCCAGUCGCAUCAAAAUCAAAGACGUGGGGUCAAACGAACCUGCCAGGGUAGCGAAAGACGUGCAAAGGACUUGGCUGAAUUUAACCAGGCGUUGAACAAGUCCUGCUGUGUGAGUGCUCAGGACCAGAGAACAGAACCUGAAUUGUAUAAGUAUAUGGGUAAACAUUGCAAGAACUUUGUAUUUUGUUGCUUAUGUUUGCUCCUUAUUUGCUUUUGCGUAGCCGUUCGUGGCUGUUCAAAGCCCACGGAUUCCGGGCAGCUGGAG